GUGAAACCCGUCAGAAGCCUCUGGCAUUUGCCACUGUCCUUUCUCACUCGGAACGAAAAUGGCUUCCAUCUCUAUAUCCAUACCCAAGACCUGCUUUGCUUGCUUCAGAGCCCAGAUGCAUUCCCCGAGGAGGGGAGGGAAUGUUUAUGUGGAGGUGGAUGCAGCUAUGAAUUCUCUGUUGCCUUUUUGGAAUGGGGUGCAUUUUAGGGCGGGGAGAGGGGGGCACGGCCAAGAGAGAGGACAUGGUGGUGAAGGUGGCGCCCAGGACUGUGAUCAGAGAGGCAGGGAAGGGAGGAGGUCUUGUUGGCGCUGUUGUAUCCUGGACAGGGGACACUGCUACUUCCUGGUGGGAGAGGUGGCCGAGGGAACGCCUCAUUUAAGUCUGGCAUCAAUAAGGUCCCCAGGUUGGCUGAGUAUGGCAAAAAUGGUCCGGAAAUGUGGUUGGAAUUGGAUAAGUGCUAAAGCUGGUUGCCAUGUUUGUAUGGUGGGUGCCCCUAGUGCUGGAAAGAGUACUCUACUGGGUGUAGUUUCGUUUGAUUAUGAUUCCACUAUGGUUAUACAUGUUGUUGAUGGUUACCCUCAGCAGCCAGAAUCUGUGUUUGAUGCUGUAUGUCUUAAGCUGGAAAUGUUUAGUCCUGAACUUGUUAAGAAACCUUACAUAGUUGCCUAUAACAAAAUGGAUCUUCCAGAAGCAUAGGAAACUUGGAAUUCAUUUAAACAAAGCAUACAAGGUUAGGGAAUUGAACCUUUUUGCAUGAGUGCAGGGAGUACAGAAGGCACACUUGAAGUUGUCUUUGCUGGUUAUGAUCUUCUUCAAAAAUGUAAAGAAUCCAAUAAGGAGUGUGACGGUCA